AUGGUCUUCGACUUGGAUGGCGUCCUGUACGCAGCGAAUAACGGAUACAUGGAGCACGUGCGCCAGAACGCGCGUCGCUUCAUACGCGACAGGUACGGCGUGAGCGACGAAGAGGCCGGGGAGAUACGCGCGAAAGCCUUCGAGCUCGCCAACCAGACGGUCCGCGGGCUUCGCAUGUUGGGAUACGAGGUGGACCAGGCGGAUUUCAUGGACUACUGCCGCAGCGGCGAGGAGCUGUACCUGCGCGAGGACGCGCAGGUCGUCGAGGCGGUUCGCGCGCUGUCCGAGCGGUACGGGGCGAGCGGCGGCGGCUGCGGGAACCGCGCGGUCGGGCGAUCGAACCCGACGUCCGCGUGCGUUGUCUUCACCAACACGGCGGAGAAGAGAGCGAGGUUGGCGCUGCGUUGCCUCGGAUUGGACGGAGCCUUCGACGCGGUGUACGGCGCCGACUUCAUGGGCGCCGAGACGUCCAAGCCCUCCCCCGAAGCCUUCGAGCUCGUGCUGACGCACCUGGGCGUUACCGACGCGCGCCGGGCGGUCAUGUUCGAGGAUUCGUUCAAAAACCUUCGAGCCGCGAAAGCGGCGGGCAUGUCGACGGUGUUCGUCAAGGGGGAGACGGCGACGCGCGAGGGGGUCGCGUUCGACGACGACGAGUGCGGGGUUUGGGACGUCGCGGACGCGGUGAUCGACGCCUUGACCCUGAGGGAGCUGCGCCGGGCGAUGCCGGCGCUCUUGGCGGACCGGCCCGACGGCCAGUCCCCGUCGCGAUGA